UCCCUUCCUUUUAAAUCAUAUCAUCCCCUUUCUUCCCUCCAAACCCCAAAACUCUCAUCCUUCUGGUUGCCUGAAUUUUACUGCACUCUCCUCAUCGGUCUGUUUCUUUUCCGGCGGAUAUCACGUAACUUUCUCUUCCGAAGUUCAUUUCUGUUGGAAGAAAACGACAUCAAUGGUUUUCACAUCAUCCUAUACUAAAAUGGGACUUUUUUGCUCUCCAUAUAAAGAUCUGGUCAGAAAGCACCCUAGACAUAAUGGUAUUCAGAACUGUGUGAUCUUUAAUACACAAAAAUACCCCUCCACAUCUCAAUCCUUUUUUCACCCACAAAAAAGAUUAAUUGGCAUGUAUAAUCAAAAAUAUAAAUGGCAUAUCCAGGAUAAAAGAUUGAAAUCAAUAGUUGUUAGAUCUGAAAUUGCUGGAACUGGUUCACCUGGAGCUUCAUAUUCAUAUCAAUUGUCAGAAUUCAAUUUUGGCUCAAAACUCAGAGGAAUAUGCUUUUACAGUGUUACAUCUUUCAUUGCCAUAUUUCUGUUUAUGGUCAUGUUAAUAGCACAUCCAUUUGUGAUCUUAAGGGAUAAAUACCAAAGAAAGUUUCAUAAUUUUGUUGCUAAAAUCUGGGCUUCGAUGACAAUCGCUCCAUUUUUUAGACUAAAAAUUCAAGGGUCCGAGAAUCUACCCCCACAAAACUCUCCAGCUAUUUACGUGUCUAACCACCAAAGUUUUUUGGACAUAUAUACCCUUCUGACUCUAGGAAGAAACUUCAAAUUCGUUAGCAAGACUGCAAUUUUCCUCUUCCCUGUUGUUGGGUGGGCCAUGUACUUGAUGGGAACUAUUCCUCUUAAUCGUAUGGACAGAAAAAGUCAACUGCAAACACUAAAAAGAUGCAUGGAACUUGUGAAAAAUGGUGGAUCUGUUUUCUUUUUUCCAGAGGGGACAAGAAGUAAGAAUGGAAGUUUAGGCACAUUCAAGAAAGGUGCAUUUAGUAUUGCUGCAAAAACAGGAGUACCAGUGGUUCCAAUUACUCUAAUGGGAACAGGUAAAAUCAUGCCUUCAGGGAUGGAGGGAACAGUAAAUAUGGGAAUGGUAAAAGUUGUGAUUCAUGAGCCUGUUAAAGGAGAUGAUGCUGAUUUACUAUGCACUCAGGUCAGAAACAUGAUUUCAGAUGAGCUUAUUCGCAAUUGUUGAGACUUGAGCAUUAUCAUCAUGUAUGCAGCAAAUUUUGUUAGGUUUAAUGGUUGUGAUGUUAGGUGACAUAAAACAUUUUGGAUACUUGAUUUGCUUGUAAAAUUCUCCCUUGAAUCU